ACGUGAUUUUAUUCAUCAAUUCCUUUAUUAUUUAUUUAAUAAUUUCUUAUCAAUUAACCCAAUCCUAUCGUAACAUUAUUUAUAAAUUUAAAGGAAUACUUUAAAGAGCUUAAUUAAAAUAAUCGAAUGAUUCAUUCAUAACGUGACAAUUUUUCUAAACUUUUUUUUAUUCCAUUUGAAAAGAAAUGAAAUUUAAUGUGUGUAUAUAUUUCAAUUAUCUACAUACACACACACACACACACACACACACACACACACACACCGUACAGGCACGCACGUACGGAAGAGUUGUUCGAUAAAAUUAAUAAUUGAUUAAUUUCAAUGACAAUAAUAUUGCUUAUAUCGAAAUAUCUCCUUGACACAGAAGACAAAUGAUCAUUAAUUAUCAAAAUGAUUUUAAUGAAUUUCAAGGAUUCGACUUUUAAACCUCAAUAAGCCUAAUUUAAAUAACAAUUCUCUUAGAUUCUUUUUCUUUUUUUUUUUUUUUCUACAGAAAAAAGGAGAAAACAAAUACGAAACAAACGAUCGUUAUUAAUCAUUUCCACGUUAACAAUUAGAUUAAUUCAAAGAGACAAUAUGAUUGAAUCAUAUAGAAAUGUACAAGAGAAAAAAAAAAUAUUAAAAGGUUGACGUUUGAUGAAUAAUAUACAACUGUAAACACAUAGAAACGCAACAACAUGCUUUUUCUCUCCCUCUCUCUCUCACACACACAUACACACACUAACACACGCACACACAAUUUCUUAUGUAAAUAAUGAUGUUAGAACGUCAAUAUACUAUAUAGUCGUGGUUAACCAAGUGUCGGUCAUUUUAAGCGAUGAAAUCGACAGAUAUGUACGAACUAGCAGUAAUAUCUAAGGAUAUUUUGAUUUUUCUUCUCUAUCGCCAAAAGUGAGAAACUUAUUUCGGGAAUAAAAAAAAAUGUUCGAGAAUCAGGCUAUCAUUGUGAAGAACGUGACGAAAAUUUAUGGAAAAGAGUUUAAGGUUCUUGACGGAUUGAACCUAUCAGUCUCGAUAGGUUCCAUAUAUGGAUUAUUGGGUGCCAGUGGAUGCGGAAAGACAACUCUUUUAUCGUGCAUCGUCGGUAUAUGUAAGAUAAACAGCGGUGAUAUUUGGGUACUCGGAGGUAAACCCGGCAGUGAAAAUUCUGGUAUUCCGGGAUCAAGAGUCGGUUUUAUGCCGCAGAACAUCUCCCUUGUAAACGAGUUCUCUACAAUAGGUGCAUUUUAUUAUUUCGGAAGGAUCAAUGGAAUGAGAGACGAUGAAAUAGAGGAACGAUACGUAGAUCUAGCCGAACUCCUGCAAUUACCGUCGAAACAUCAAUUGAUAAAGAAUGUGAGCGGUGGCCAACAAAGGAGAAUAUCCCUUGCCGUUGCACUUCUUCACAGACCUGAAUUAUUGAUCCUUGACGAACCUACCGUCGGUCUUGAUCCGAUUUUAAGAGAUAACAUUUGGAAUUUCUUAACUAAGAUCACGCAGGAGAACGGUGUUACCAUCGUCAUAACAACGCAUUAUAUCGACGAAGCGAGACAAGCAAACAAGGUCGGGCUAUUGAGAUCCGGCAAAUUAUUGGCGGAAACCACACCGAAUCAAUUGAUGGAUCGUUUUCAAUGUGAUAAUUUGGAGGAUGCCUUUUUAGAAUUGAGCAGACGUCAACAAGAUAAUAUUAAUAGAAAUGUGAAUGAUAAUUCUGAGAUGCAAGAUGAAACGGAAUUUGUGGAAGGUUCAAUCAAUCUUUCUACAAAAUCAAUGAAUGCCUCUACAAAACCAACUACAAAUUUAUCUGUGACGUCUCGAAGAUUGAAGGCUCUUAUAAUCAAAAAUAUUACACAAUUUCUACGACAUCCCGGAGGAAUCUUAUUUUCUAUAGGAUUUCCCAUAAUCCAACUCUUUGUAUUUCAUUAUUCUUUCGGUCAUGAUCCUAAAGAUUUGUUAAUUGGUGUGAUUAAUCGUGAAUCCAAUAACUGUGACUUCGGUAAAAAUCAAGGAAAUAUUAUUUACACGCAAAACGAUAUAUGCGACUUCCUUGAUCUUAGUUGUCGAUUUUUAAAGGAUAUAAAUGAUACCACUGCAAAAAAGAUAUUUUAUAAUUACCUACCGGAAAUGAAGGAUGAUUUAAGAAAAGGGAAACUUUCUGGAAUGAUAUAUUUUGAUACAAAUUUUACGCAGGCUUUGCAACGGAGAUUGACGAAUUCGAGAUAUGUCGAAGAUAGGGACAUCGAAAUGGGAGAGAUUAAAAUUUGGUUGGACAUGUCCAAUAGACAAAUAGGCCUUUUUUUGAAAAAUACACUUUACGAAACAUAUUUCGAGAGCAUGCGAAAUAUUAUGACGGAAUGUCACUUGCCUUCGAAAAUUACAAAUAUACCGUUAAGUUUUGAGAAACCUAUUUUUGGUAAAAAGAACGACGACUAUAUCAAUUUCAGUGCGCCUGUUUUUAUCUUAUCAUUAAGUUUUUUCUUAACAACAGUAAUGACAACCACGAUAUUAAUCUCCGACAGGCACGAAGGCAUUUGGGAAAGAAGUCUCGUCCAAGGGGUGACAACAUCAGAAAUACUGUUCUCCCAUUUCGUGGUAGAAUUGUCGAUUGUCAUCAUACAAGUCGCAUUAAUUUGUUGUAUAAGCUUUGUUUAUUUUAAUUUAGAUUGUAAAGGCUCCUUAGUGACCGUUGUCGCGAUGGUAUUUUUCAUGGGUAUAUGUGGAUUAUUUUACGGUUUCUUGAUUUCGGUAUUCUGCAAUUCGCAUAUAAUUGCGGAUUAUAUCGUCACUGGAAGUUUCUAUCCUAUAAUACUUCUUAGUGGACUUCUCUGGCCAAUCGAAGGAAUACCAUCUGUAAUUAAAUGGUUAAGUUACUGUUUGCCAACAACAAUACCAGGUAUUUCACUAAGGGCGAUCUUAAGUAAAGGCUAUACCGUCAAUAAUCCGGAGGUUUACAAAGGUUUCCUCGUGAUAGGUGGGUGGACGAUCGCAAUGAUCCUCCUUUGCCUCUACGGUCUCAAAAGGAAAUCAUAGGAAAAAAAAGGAAAAAAAGGAAAAAAAAAGAAAUAUAUAUAUAUAUAUAUAAAUAA